ACAGCUGUCAUUUUCGAUAGUUGUUAUCGGUUUAUAGAAUGUGCGCUAAUUGCUAAAAGUUUUGUAAACAAAUCAAAUUGGACGAAAUGGAGAGAGAAACAGAAAGUUUGAAGGAGUUUCUUACAGAUCUUGUAGUACCACAUCAUCGCUGUAAUGUGAAUAUCAUACCAGAUCAUAUUACCAUGCUGCAUGGCACGAAGAUAAAGAAGCAACACACGCGCAAACGUCGCGCCCACAAAUCGGCCAGUCUGACGAGGAGGGAAUAUGCGAAACUUGGACUCAAUGCGUUGCCCACACGUCAAAUGCGCUACGAGCAGGCACUGCCGCUGCACAAGCUCUGGCGGGGAUACAUACGCGAGCAUCUCGACUUAAAGGAGGGCGAACAGGUGCCGCAGCUGCAUGAGAAGCGCUACGACGAGUUCAGUCGGCAGCUGGUCAAAAUGGAUUUGCACGGAGCUAAGCUGCGGGUGCACCAAUCGAAAUGUCCCACGCUAGUUGGCCUCAAUGGCAUAUGUGUCAUGGACACCAAGAAUGUACUGAAGCUGCUGGGCGAGGAUCAUCGUGUGCGCACGGUACCCAAGAGCGAGUGCGUCUUUAGCCUCCACGUGGACAGCAUGGAGUUCAUCAUAUUCGGACAACAUUUGAAUAUGCGGCCAGCGGAGCGAAGUGUCAAGAAAAUCAAAAGCUAUGUGGAGCCCUUCAUGUAGCACAGCCCAAUGCGAAUAUAAAAUUGUAAAAGAUUU